AUGAGCGAAGGCGAGAAGGUCCGCGCCUCCGGCGAGACUCCCCGGGAGUCCCUGCCUACAGUCAACCCCGCCGCUGAGAAGCAGGAGCCCAGCGCGGCCCUGCACCCCGCAGUCUACGUGACUACCUGGAUUACCCUCAGUUCCACCGUUAUCCUGUUCAACAAGUACCUCCUCGACACUCUCGGCUUCCGCUUCCCUAUUAUCCUCACAACAUGGCACUUGACCUUCGCUACCAUCAUGACCCAGAUCCUGGCCCGCACUACCACCGUCCUCGAUGGCCGCAAGAGCGUCAAGAUGACCGGCCGCGUCUACCUCCGUGCGAUUGUCCCCAUCGGUGUGAUGUUCAGUCUGAGCUUGAUUUGCGGUAACAUGACCUACCUCUACCUCAGUGUGGCCUUCAUCCAGAUGCUCAAGGCCACCACUCCCGUGGCUGUCCUGCUGGCUACCUGGGGUAUGGGUAUGGCUCCCGCCAACAUGAAGGUUCUCGCCAACGUCUCCAUCAUUGUGAUUGGUGUGAUCAUCGCCUCCUUCGGUGAGGUCAAGUUCCAGCUCGUCGGUUUCCUGUUCCAGGUUGGUGGUAUCAUCUUCGAGGCUACCCGUCUUGUCAUGGUCCAGGGUCUGCUCAGCUCUGCCGACUUCAAGAUGGACCCCAUGGUCUCUCUGUACUACUUUGCUCCCAUCUGUGCUGUUAUGAACGGUGCCGUUGCUCUGUUCCUCGAGUUCCCCCGUGUCACCAUGGACCACGUCUACUCCGUCGGUGUCUGGACUCUGGUUCUCAACGCUGUCAUCGCCUUCCUGCUCAACGUCUCCGUCGUCUUCUUGAUUGGCAAGACCUCUUCUCUGGUCAUGACCUUGUGCGGUGUCCUUAAGGAUAUUCUCCUCGUUGUUGCCUCCAUGAUGAUCUGGAACACUCCCGUUACUGCCCUCCAAUUUUUCGGUUACUCCAUUGCUCUGCUCGGUCUCGUCUGGUACAAGCUUGGCGGUGACAAGAUGCGCGAGUACACCUCCUCUGCUGGCCGCGCCUGGGCUGAGUACGGCCAGGCCCGCCCUGCCCAGCGCAAGUUUGUUGUCUUUGGAGCCUCUGCCCUCAUCUUCUUCCUCUUUGUUGGCUCCAUGGCCCCCAGCUACGCCCCUCAGUCCGUUGACCGCGUGAAGGGUAUGCUCGGUGGUGCUACCGCUGGUAACGCUUAA